AUGAUGCGUGAGCUCGAGAACUCCAGCCUGGAGGACGUCCAGAUGCGCCAGCGGCUGCUGGAGAACGAGAUCCGGGUGCUGAGGGACGAGAGCAACAGGCUGGCGCUCGAUCUGCAGGGCGACAAGGAGAAGGUGAAGGAGAACCUCGAGAAGAUCAAGAUGAACAAGCAGCUCCCGUACCUGGUGGGGAACGUGGUGGAGAUCCUGGACCUCAAGCCCGAGGACGAGGAGGAGGACGACGGCGCGAACGUAGAUUUGGACAGCAAACGUCAGGGCAAGGCCGUGGUGCUCAAGACCACGACGAGGCAGACCAUCUUCCUGCCCGUCAUCGGUCUCGUCGACGGAGACAAGCUGAAGCCCGCGGAUCUGGUGGGCGUCAAUAAGGACUCGUAUCUCAUCCUCGACAUGCUCCCCGCGGAGUACGACAGCCGCGUCAAGGCCAUGGAGGUUGACGAGAAGCCCACCGAGGAUUACACCGACAUCGGCGGCCUCGACAAGCAGAUCCAGGAGCUCACCGAGGCGGUGGUCCUGCCCAUGACCCACGCGGAGAAGUUCAAGACGCUGGGCAUUCGCGCGCCCAAGGGUGUCCUGCUUUACGGCCCUCCCGGCACCGGCAAGACGCUCAUCGCGCGCGCCUGCGCGGCGCAGACGAACGCCGCGUACCUGAAGCUCGCGGGUCCCCUCCUCGUGCAGAUGUUCAUCGGCGACGGCGCCAAACUCGUGCGCGACGCCUUUGCGUUGGCCAAGGAGAAGGCGCCCGCGAUCAUCUUCAUCGACGAGAUCGACGCGAUCGGCACCAAACGGUUCGACUCGGACACCAACGGUGACCGCGAGGUGCAGCGCACCAUGCUCGAGCUGCUGAACCAGCUGGACGGGUUCUCGAGCGACGACAGGGUGAAGAUCAUCGCGGCGACGAACAGGGCGGACAUCCUGGACCCCGCGCUGCUCCGCUCCGGUCGUUUGGACCGCAAGAUUGAGUUCCCGCAUCCCAACGAGGACGCCAGGGCUCAGAUCAUGGAGAUUCACUCGAGGAAGAUGAACCUCAGCGGCGAGGUGAACUUUGACGAGUUGGCGCGAUCCACGGAUGACUUCAACGCGGCGCAGCUCAAGGCGGUGUGCGUCGAGGCGGGGAUGCUGGCGCUGCGCAGGGACGGGACGGAGGUGACGCACGAGGACUUCAACGAGGGGAUCAUCGCGGUGCAGGCCAAGAAGAAGAGUGACCUAUUCUACUACGCAUAGACGGAUCGGCGCUUUACGUGUUGUUACAACCGCCUAAAAACAAAA